AUGCCGGCGACCGCGGGGAGGGUUCGCAUGCCCGCGAACAACCGGGUGCACAGCAGCGCCGCCUUACAGACUCACGGCAUCUGGCAGAGUGCAAUUGGAUACGAUCCCUACGCACCCAACAAAGAAGACAAGAGCAACGCCUCCGCUCAGAACAGCGUCGCUGCCUCGGAGGGUGAACAGGAAAACGCCUAUGCUAGUUUCCAGGGUUUACUCGCUCUUGCUCGUAUCACAGGAUCCAAUGCCGACGAGGCGCGUGGCUCCUGCAAGAAGUGUGGGCGGGUUGGGCAUCUCACGUUCCAGUGCAGGAAUUUCUUGAGCGCAAAGAGCGACGAUGAUAAG